CAUGAGAGUCGAAAUUUGUCUGGAACUAAAUUGGAAGUGCCAUCGUCUACAAGUAAUGAAAAGUGCCCAGAGUUUCAAGACUUAGGCAGCAGUUUAUCUAGGGAAUUUAUGCCUAAUUAAAGUAAUUUAUAAUUGUCUUCUGGAACUUAUUCGAACCUUGAAAGAAACAACAAGGUUAGGCAUUAGAGUUAAAUUACCGUAAAGGUUGUAAAUCAAGGCACGCAUCAACUUGGCAAGCUGGCAUGACAAACUUUUCACCAGUCAUGGCAAAAUAUUAAUAACUUUAGAAUAUUAUAAAUUUGAAAGUACAAUCAUGUAAUCUGUGGAUAGGUGUUUAAAAAAAAUCAAGUGGCAAACUUUUGCCUACUUGCUUUGAUUUUUAUAGCAAAAUGAGCCAUCCUGGUAGUGGUGGCAACAGCAACAUCAACAACAACAGCAGCAGCAGCAGCAACAACAACAGCAUCCACUCAUUCAGUAAUCCUAAGCAUUCCACAAGAAGUCCUUCUGUGAUCUCCAACAGCAGUGCUCACUCUGUCCCUCUGAGCUACAGAAGUGGCUCUGCAUUACCUACUCCUGUAAACCACAGACAAAGCUGCAUGACUGCUGCGGCCAAGCGUUACCGCUUCCUCAGGCGGCUCUUCAAGUUCCGUCAGAUGGACUUUGAGUUUGCUGCCUGGCAGAUGGUUUAUCUUUUCACUGCACCCAGAAAAGUUUUUAGAAAUUCAUACUAUAGAAAACAAACCAAGUCCCAGUUUGCAAGAGAUGACCCAGCAUUUUUGGUGCUACUCUGCAUUUGGCUAGGAGUUACAGGGCUGGGGUUUGGGUUCGUGCUGAGCCUGGGGCUGAAGGACCUGUUUGUGUUCCUGCUCUACACCGUCUUCGUGGACACACUCUUGGCAGGAGCCGUCGUUGCCACCAUCCUGUGGUUUCUAGUUAACCAGUACCUGGUCAAGCCCACCUGCCAGGACCAGGACGUCGAGUGGGGCUACUCCUUUGACGUACACCUUAAUGCAUACUUCCCCCCUCUCCUCAUCCUGCACUUCGUCAUGUUAUUCUUUUAUAAUGUGUUGCUGUAUGACGAUACGCUGCUGUCAGUGCUGCUGGGCAACACGCUGUGGCUUCUGGCGCUGGGCUAUUACAUCUACAUCACUUUCCUGGGCUACAGCAGUCUUCCCAUCCUGCGCAACACUCGAGUGUUGCUCUUUGCGUUGCCUGUGCUGCUGGUGUUGUAUCUCGUAACGCUGCUCACACGCUUCAACCUCAGUGCAACACUUAUCUCCUUCUACACCCUCAGAGUCCUCUAGACCUUCUUCAAAUAUUUAUAUUACUUAUUUGUGGUAAAGCUUAAACAUCUUUUACUCUCGACAUCAAUGCUUUAAAUUAUGAUACGGUUUAUUGUGUCAUCGCGCUUAUGUUCACACUCACUAAAAGUCCUUAAGAACUGCUGGAUGUAGCUUUGUAUGUAUUUAAAUACUAAAUUUUUUACAUUUUUUCCUGUCGCUUCAAACUUCACGAAUGUGCGUCAGCAUUUUGUAGAACAUUUUCCAUGUUUAUUUUCAAACUUUCGAACUCCUAAUGAAUUUUAAAUCUGUCCGAAAAUAGUCAUUACUAUAUAGUUAUGUACGAAUAUUUGAACCACCUUCUUUACUUCAUAUUUCUGUGUUUCGCUAGACCAUUUUUUUUAUAUUUUUUCGUCGUUAAUCAACGCCGAAUGACCGCAUGUAAAUAUUUAAAUAGAAUAGGAUUAUUUAUCCUAAUUACCUCGGUAUCGGUAGCUUGUUGCUGCACGCAGAGAUUAUCUCAUAUACAACGCAAAUGAAUACUUAAAGUUUGGGUUGAGUCACGGCUUGAAAGCUUACAGCCAAUUAAUAAGUACAAGAUGGAUCCAAUUUAUAUCAAGUAUUUUUCUUCUAUACAGGGUGUCCCAAAAAAAAACGAUACC